UUUACCAGCUUCCUUCCGCGCGCAGCUUUUAAGGUUAGAUCCAGCCUGUGGCCAAAUCCCACCGAGCGCCGGAGGUCAGGUUAGAUCCCUCCGCUAGAGAGAGAGACCCCGACGUGGUCGUGUGUGUCUCGAUCCACUUGCGGCGAGCUCGAUUCCUUCGGGCUGCCUCCCUCGGACCAUUCCGGGCAUCAUGAGCGCCCCCUUAAAGCGAGCCCCGCUGCUGGGCUCCCUCGUGAAGCGGCGAGGCCCUGGCAGCGCGCCCGCCCCUCCGCAGCAGCAGCAGCUGCUGCCCACCUCGUCGGUGUGCGCCUUGCAGCCCAAGGAGGAGAUGCCCGUCUGCCCCAGGCAGGCGCCCCACGCGCUUUCCGCGCUGCCUGGCCCCACCAAGUGGCCUCUGAUGGGCAGCCUCUUGGACAUUCUCUGGAAAGGGGGCCUCAAGAGACAGCACGAGACGCUGGCUGAUUACCACCGCAAGUUUGGCAAGAUCUUCCGCAUGAAACUCGGGGCUUUUGAUUCGGUGCACAUCGGUGCGCCCUGCUUGCUCGAGGCCCUCUACAGAAAAGAGAGUGCCUACCCACAGCGCCUUGAGAUCAAGCCUUGGAAAGCCUACCGGGACUACCGUAAAGAGGGCUAUGGUCUGCUUAUCCUAGAAGGAAAAGACUGGCAGCGAGUAAGAAGUGCAUUUCAGAAGAAAUUAAUGAAGCCCACAGAAAUUAUGAAGCUGGACACCAAAAUCAAUGAGGUUCUAGAUGAUUUUAUGCAUCGGAUAGACACACUUUGUAACAAGAAUGGAGAAAUAGAAGAUUUGUAUUCUGAACUGAACAAAUGGUCAUUUGAAAGUAUUUGUCUGGUACUGUACGGGAAGAGAUUUGGACUCCUGCAGCAGGACACUGGAGAUGAAGGCCUGAACUUUAUCAAAGCCGUAAAAACGAUGAUGAGUACAUUUGGGAAGAUGAUGGUGACCCCCGUUGAGCUCCACAAAAGCCUGAAUACUAAAGUUUGGCAGGCUCACACAAAGGCGUGGGACAAUAUCUUUAAGACAGUGAAAUGCUCUAUUGACAGCAGGCUGCAGAAACACUCUGCCAACCCCAGUGAGGAUUUCCUCUGUGACAUUUACUUUGGGAGUCAGCUUUCAAAGAAGGAGCUCUAUGCUGCCAUCACGGAACUCCAGAUUGCUGGAGUUGAAACGACAGCCAACAGUCUGCUCUGGGCUCUCUACAACAUCUCCUGCAACCCUCACGUCCAGACAAAGCUACUUGAGGAAAUACAGGUUGUGGUCUCUGCUGAAGAGACCCCAAAUGCUGAACAUCUGAAGAAGAUGCCCUAUUUAAAGGCAUGCCUGAAAGAAUCUAUGAGGUUAACUCCGUCUGUGCCGUUUACCACUCGGACCCUGGACCAAGAAAUGGUCCUUGGAGACUACGCUCUUCCUAAAGGGACGGUGUUGAUGAUCAACAGCCAUUCUCUGGGAUGCAACGAAGAAUACUUCAAUGACUGGACUCAGUUUAAGCCAGAGCGUUGGCUCCAGAAGAACAUAAAUCCUUUUGCUCAUGUUCCAUUUGGGAUUGGAAAAAGGAUGUGCAUCGGACGCCGCCUGGCAGAGCUACAGCUUCAAUUAGCUCUCUGUUGGCUUAUAAGGAAGUAUCAGAUUGUAGCGACCGAUGACAAGCCGGUGGAAACGCUGCACUUGGGAAUCCUCAUCCCCCAUCGAGAAGUUCCCAUUGCAUUCAGAAGGCGAUAAAGAUACUUUUUGAAGGAAGACAGUUGCUUGAGUGCUGCCUUUUCUGAAGACAACCCCCUUGAAUGCUUGGCACCCAACCUCCUUCAGCAACCAGGGGCUAAGCAUGUUUUGACCUAUGUGCUGUUGAUGGAAGAGAGAUCAAGGAGCAUCUGAAGUUAGCUUUGACCUUGCUUUGGGGGCAGAUCUGUCAAACCAUGCACCUAAGUAAUAUUUUGAAUACUGCAAUGAAAACUAACAAGGACCAGCCUUUAUUUUAAAAGGUACAAACUGAGAAAACAGCAAAAAGACUGGUGCGAGACAAUGGAUCUUUUCAUGCAGCCCUGACCAAAAUCCAUUUCUGUUCACCUGCCCGUGUGAAAUCUGCUGGUCGUGGCUCGGUACAGCCUUCCUGUUAGAUGUUUUUAGGAUCAACUGGCCAAGGGUGGAUGAAAUGAUACAGUGAGUUCAGUGCUGAGGUGUGUAGAGGGAUGAAAAUUUUGCUGUUUCUGACAUCCUGCAGGAAUUGUGUAGGUUUUUUAAAGUGAGGAUUUCUGUCUGCUGCAGGUCUCGUUUAGCAUACCUCCUUUUACAAAGGAAUGUUGUGAUAAGGAGAAAGAAUCACUCCAAGAGGGUCCUGGUGUUUAUAUUUUUUAAAAUACUUUUUUUAAAAAAGGGGAGAAAAACUGCACUAAAUCCAUUUCCCUUUAUAUAUCUGUUAAAACUCAGAGCCUUGCUGCAGUAGCCGUGAAACUUUUGCCAUUAUAUGAUUUUGAUAA